UGUUGCCAGUCAGUCGGCCCAGCGAGCGAGCAACUGUCGUUCUUUGUAUUGAUUCCGAUUCAGUCGAUGAGUUUCUCUCGCUUCUGCGCGUUGCGUGUUUCGCAGUGUUUCCGCGAUUUUUUCGUUGUCGUCAUCGUUGCCGCGUCUGCCUGUUCGCCCCGUACCCCCUCUGCGCCAUACACAUUCCCCCCGCAAGCUCGACGUGCGGGGCUCUGUGCGUUGUUUCUGUUUCCCAACACACAAUGUGAAGUGCAAACGGCAAGAAAAGUGAUUUCAAACGCGGUAACAAGUACAUCGCGCACAGGCGCUGGGCGUUAUCAUAACUGAUAGCAGCAAAAGCACAACAGUGAAAACAGUUAACAGCGGUUAAAAAAAAUAAAUAAAAAAAACAGUAAAACGUGUGUACGCUUGUGACAUCAGCAUCCCACUUACAAUUACCACAUACACAUACAAUAAAAGCUGGCUGCAUGAAAAACAUCACCAGCUCAAGCACUUGCGGCACGGGGCUGCUGCAAUUGCAGAACAAUCUCAGCAACAGCGAAUUGGACGUCGCUGUUGUUGGCAAACCAGAAGCAGUCGGACCCGGCACCAUACCAUCCCCGUGGCCACCAGUGAAUGCCGGUCCUCCUGGUCCCCUGGGGUCGGCAGACACAAAUGGCAGCAUGGUGGACAGUAAAAACUUGGAUGUUGGCGAUAUGAGCGAUGACGAAAAAGAUUUAUCAUCCGCCGAUGCCGAGGGUGUCUGGAGUCCGGACAUUGAGCAAAGCUUUCAAGAGGCACUGUCAAUAUAUCCACCAUGUGGACGGCGAAAGAUUAUAUUAUCCGAUGAGGGUAAAAUGUAUGGGCGCAACGAGCUAAUCGCGCGUUAUAUUAAAUUGCGCACGGGCAAGACGAGAACCCGUAAACAAGUCAGCUCCCAUAUCCAAGUGCUCGCCAGACGGAAACUCCGUGAAAUUCAAGCCAAAAUCAAAGUCGAACCAAAUGGUGUAUCCUUGCAUUUACUCAAUGAGAAAGAGCAAACCCUGCAGGCCAUGAGCUCAAUGACCAGUUCACAAAUUGUCUCCGCACAGGCGGCCAAUAAUCUUGCCCUGGCCGCCUCGGCGCUGACGGCGGGCGUACACCAUUCGAAGCAUCUGCCUCAACCUGCCCACCAUCAGCACCCACACCACCACCACCACCACCACCACCAUCAUCCGCACCACCACCAUCAUCAGGUGGGUGUGGCCGCUGCCGCCGCCGCUGCAGCUGCGGCCGCUGCUGCUGCUGCCGCUGUUGUACAGUCGCCGGCAGCCGCCGCUGGUGCGACAAACAAUUCCGUUGCGGUGCCCUCCACGUCGUCGUCGUCGCUGUCGUUGUCGUUGUCGCCACGACACCACCAUGCCCACCAUUCCCAUCACAAUUUGACGCACCACACGCAUAGCCAUAUGCAUCCACAUCAUCAUCACCAUGCGGCGGCCGUUGCAGCAGUUUACCACCUACAGCAGCAGCAGCAGCAGCAACAGCAGCAUCAGCAUCAACAACAACAACAACAACACCAGCAGCAGCAACAGCAGCAACAACAACACCAGCAGCAACAGCAGCAGCAACCAAGUGGGGCAACAACAGGUGCAGUGUCACCAUCUGUGGCUGAUGGGGCUGACGCUCAUGUGCUGGCACAGCCGCCGCCGCCACCGCCGCCAUUGCACCAUCCGCCGUUGUAUCCGGGCCAAUUUUGGCAACCCGGUCUGCAGCCGAGCACAUCACAAGAUUUUUAUGAUUACAGCAUCAAGCCGUUCGCCCAGCCGCCCUAUACGCCCGGCAAGCCCUCGACGGCGGUCUCCGGCGAAAUAGAGGCUGGUAUUCCGCCCGCACAAUUGCCAUGGGAGGGGCGCGCGAUCGCCACGCAGAAAUUCCGCUUGCUCGAGUUUACGGCCUUCAUGGAAAUCCAAAGAGAUGAGAUCUAUCACCGACAUCUAUUCGUGCAGCUGGGCGGCAAGCCAUCCUUCUCCGAUCCGCUCCUCGAGACUGUUGACAUCCGGCAAAUAUUUGACAAAUUUCCGGAGAAAUCCGGCGGUCUCAAAGAGCUUUACGAGCAGGGUCCGCAGAAUGCGUUCUACCUGGUUAAAUGUUGGGCGGAUCUCAACACGGACGUGACGACGGGCAGUGAAACGGGCGAUUUCUAUGGCGUUACAAGCCAAUAUGAAAGUAAUGAAAACAUUGAGCUCGUCUGCUCGACAAUUGUCUGCUCGUUUGGCAAACAGGUUGUGGAAAAGGUGGAGCACGAGUAUUCGCGCCUGGAGAACAAUCGCUACGUUUACCGCAUUCAGCGCUCGCCCAUGUGCGAGUACAUGAUCAAUUUCAUACAAAAGCUGAAGAACUUACCUGAACGCUAUAUGAUGAACAGUGUGCUCGAGAACUUUACAAUACUGCAAGUAAUGCGAGCGCAAGAAACGAAAGAGACACUGCUAUGCAUAGCGUAUGUGUUUGAGGUGGCGGCGCAGAACAGCGGCACCACGCACCACAUCUAUCGCCUUAUAAAGGAAUAGCAUGAGCUGCAUGAAGCAGCGCCCAAUCUGUCCGCGUUACCCACCAAUGCACAAAUCAGCGAAUACAGCAACAACAACAACAACAGCAACAAUACGAGUAGAAACCACAACAGCACAACUAACAACAGCAACAACGGCAACAGCAACACAGCCAACAGCAACGGCAACGGCAAUAAUAAUAAUGCCAUCAAGAGCAACAACAACAACAACAACAAUAACAGCAACGCAGCAACAGCCGCCGGCAGCACAGAGGAAGCCUGCAGCUCAACAACUCUGCAAGGCACAGGACAGGAAACGGUUGCGGCCGCUAUUAAACAAUCGCCGACAUCGCCGCAACUGCAGCAGCAGCAACAACAUCAACAACAUCAACAACAACAACAACAACAACAACAACAACAACAACAGCAGCAGCAGCAACUGGGUGGCAUCUCAGCGCUGCAAGUGGAUGAGGUGCUGUAUGCGCAGGUGCUGCCAGAGAAUAGCUAUCAUUUGCAACAACAACAGCAGCAGCAGCAGCAGCAACAACAAUUGCGUCAAAACACACACAUGUUGCAACAGCAGCAGCAACUUGUGAAUUACCAGGACCGUCCACCGCCGCCGCCCUACAGCGCCUGUGUCGCCAACAACAGCGGUAAACAGCAACAGCAGCAACAGCAGCAGCAGCAACAGCAGCAACAACGGCAACAACAGCAGCAAUCGUUUGACGUGGAGCAACAUCAACAGCAGCAGCAGCAGCAGCAACAACAACAACAACAAC